AUGGAAUACGAAGAGGAGCCUGAGCCUGGUCGCCAAAUCAAGGAUCAGAUCCAUGACUAUAUUGCUAUAUCCCCAUUAAUCAGUUCCAUAAUUGACACCCCAGAAUUCCAGCGGCUGCGAAACGUCAAGCAGCUGGGCACGUCCUACUAUGUCUGGUCUGGGGCCUCCCACAACAGAUUUGAGCACUGCUUGGGUGUCGCUCAUUUAGCGCGUUCGAUGGUCGAACACCUCCAGAGACAGCAGUCGUCACUCGGAAUCGACACGAGGGAUGUGAAUUGCGUGGAAAUAGCGGGCCUCUGCCACGAUCUUGGCCAUGGUCCUUGGAGCCACGUCUUUGACAAUUUGUUCAUUCCGGCAGUAUUGCCGGGCAAGUCGUGGAAGCACGAAGACGCGAGCAAGAUGAUGUUUGAAGCUUUGGUCGCAAACAACAGCAUUCAGCUACCUCGAGAAGACAUUGAAUUCAUUCUUGCCUUAAUUGUUGGCGACCGUUCCCAGUGCAGCCCCCGAGAGAAGCAAUUCUUGUUUGACAUCGUCGCAAACACUCGCAACGGCCUCGACGUUGACAAGUUUGACUACAUCGCUCGAGACACCUACAUGAUUGGUGAACCGACCAAAAUAUCCACAUCUCGUCUCAUCAAGAGCGCUCGGGUCAUCGAGAACGAAAUUUGUUAUGACAUCAAAGACGUGAACGAGCUCUUUGAGCUCUGCCACACUCGCUUCAAGCUGCACAAGCAAGUCUACACGCACAAGACCGCCAGGGCAAUCGAAUUCAUGAUCGUUGACGCGCUCAAGUCCGCCAACCCGUUUCUGAGGAUUGCAGAGCAAAUCGAGAUCCCCCAAAAGUUCUUAUAUUUGACGGACGACAUCAUGACGCGAAUUGAGGCCAGCGACGACCCAGAACUCGAGGAGGCCCGACAGAUUUUUCGUCGAAUCCGACUUCGCGACCUUUACAAAUUUGUCGACCAGCGGGUGGUAGAAUGGGAGCGAAGGGAGCUCUUCAAGGCCUACAUCACCCAAGAGAGAGUCGCGUUGGAAGCACGGAGGCUGGCUAAGGUGGCGAUUGAAGCGGGCGAAGCUGAUCCCGUCGACUUGUCUCUGCUCACUCCUGACACGGUCAUUGUGGAUCAUUGCGUGAUGCAUUAUGGAAUGAAGACGGAUAACCCGCUCGACUCAGUCAGGUUCUACUCCAAGCGUCAUCCAAAGAAAUGUGCUCCAGCACAGAAGUGCGACUACUCCAUGCUGAUGCCGCCCAUAUUUGCCGAAGUCAAGCUCACAGUCUACACCAAACGACCCGAAUAUCUAGCGUUUGUUCAAGCGGGUUAUCGUGCUGUCUUGCAAUCCAUUCCGGAAGAUCUCCCCGCAACUCCGCCAGUCUCGGCUCGGCCACUGGAGUCCGUCGGUCCGUUGACACCCCCACGAGAGAAAUCAAACUCGCUGCCUCGCUCGCGGACGGCGAGCCUUGCGUCGCUUACUCCGAACGAGUUCACUACUGUCCCGAUGAAUUACGUCCCGUCCACACCUAGUCGGUCAAGAGAGCUCAAGCGGUCGCAUUCCAGCACUAGUAUCCAUAUAGGAACAGGCAGUUUGUUGUUUGGGUUCGGAAUUCCACUCGAGACGAUAGAAGACGAAGAGCGGGACACUAAGCGAAUUCGGAUAGACAAGAGUUGA